AUGAGUGUGCUCCUACUCCUGGUGCUCUGCACCCUGGCCAUGGGCUGCUGGGCUGCCUCUCCACCCCAGCCAGCCGCCAGGCCCUCGCCUCUCCUCUCCCUUGACUGCAACAGCUCCUAUGUGCUGGAUAUCGCAAAUGACAUCCUGCAGGACAUCAACAGGGACCGAAAGGAUGGUUACGUGCUGAGCCUCAACCGAGUGAGCGAUGCCCGUGAACACAGACAGGAGGCUGGUCUGGGAUCUCUGUUCUAUUUCACACUGGAUGUGUUAGAGACUGGCUGCCAUGUGCUCAGCAGGACAUCAUGGAAGAACUGUGGGGUGAGGAUCUUUCAUGAAUCGGUUUAUGGCCAAUGCAAAGCAAUAUUUUACAUUAAUAAGGAAAAAAGAAUUUUCUAUUUACCUGCUUAUAAUUGUACUCUUCGCCCAGUUUCUCGAAGUGCGAUCAUCAUGAUGUGCCCUGACUGCCCCAGCACCAGCCCCUAUGAUUUGUCAAACCCCAGGUACAUGGAAACUGCUACUGAGUCUCUUGCAAAAUACAACAGUGGGAGCCCCUCAAAGCAGUAUUCUGUUGUCAAAAUCACCAAGACUUUUAGUCAGUGGGUGUUUGGCCCUGCCUACUUUGUGGAAUAUUUGAUCAAAGAAUCACCAUGUAUGAAGUCGCAGGGUAGCAGCUGUGCACUGGAGUUCCCUGACUCUGUGCCUGUUGGUAUUUGCCAUGGUUCUCUGAGUGAAUCACAAGGAAACCCGGGCAAGACGAUCUCCGUAACUUGCUCCUUCUUUAAUUCACAGGCUCCCACCUCUAGAGGUGAAAACGCUGCUGUAAACCAGAGACCUGCAAACCCCUCCAAGGCAGAAGAGCCCCAACAGCAAAACACAGCUUCCACCAACUCACCCGCCAAAGCUGUGCCCAAAGGGUCUGUCCAGUACCUUCCUGACUGGGAUAAGAAAAGUGAAGGUUCCCAGGAAAAGGACCCUGUUGAGACCUUCCCUGUGCAGCUGGAUCUAACCACCAAUCCCCAAGGAGAACCCCUGGAUGUCUCCUUCCUCUUCCUGGAGCCCAUGGAGGUGAAGCUGGUUGUCCUGCCCUUCCCCUCAAAAGAAAAGCGCUCUGCUGAGUGUCCAGGACCAGCUCAGAAGGACAACCCUCUUAUUCUCCCACCAUGA